GCUUAGCCAAUCUUUUCCAGUUGACUUUCCCUAUACCUCCGUAUUGUAUUGUAAGUUUCUGACCAAGAGCGAAAAAAGCAUUAGUUUGUUCAGUUUUGUCGUUCUCCGUCUGCAAAAAAAAGAAAAAGGACGAGUUCACAGGAAAAGAAGUGUUGAUAACUUUUAAAGUUUGUGACGUGAAAGUCUGCGCUACGGUGAAUUUUCUGUACGAAGUUUCCAUUGAAAAUGUUCGAUGCUUCUGCAGGCAUGAGUUAGUCAUUACUUUCAUGCAGUAUUUAAAAACGAAAUGUGGUGUUAUAAGUGUUCCGAUGUUAAUUACUGGUAUGUAAAUGACGCAUACAUGUUAAAAGUGUCUGUAAAUAAGUAAUCAAUGUGAGGGAACACCUUAUGCCACUACUUUCGUUUUCCGUGUCAUUAUAUACGUAGUCAUACACAUCAAGUUUAAAUGAUUUAAUCAACAGUCUGGAGUUGAAAGAUAGGAGUCAAAAGCGAAAAACGUGUAAAACAGCGGAUUAACAAUUAUGACGUCAUCUCAUCUGAAACUUAGAAAAUGAGAAGAAUUGUAAUGUAAGGAAAAGUGAUUUUGUACACAUGGGCUCUGAACGAGUCGCUCUCUGUGACAAUGGCGAGAGUUCUCUCUAAAGACGCCGUAACGUUCAUCUUCAGCAGCUGUCAGUAAUGGAGAAGGAGGGGGACAUUCUUCAGAGCCCGGAUAGGCUUCCAGAAGAUUUAGGGGCCAUGGUACAGGACACAGAGGGCAGCGCUGACAUGGAGCCCUUCACAACGGGUGUCCCCUGGCCAGGCCCGUUUCUGGAAUGCCUCUUGCAGGCGUCAGUACAGCUGAACCUCACUGCCGAGUUGAAAGAUCAGUUGCAGAGUUUUGCGAGCUUGAAUUACAGUCAGUUAACCGACGAUGAGCUUUACUUCCAUUUGUUGAAUGACACGGCUUUUAUGAGGGAGACCAACGGAACUCCCUUGUGGAAUUCCGUGACUGACUGCUUAGGCCCGGCGUCGCAGGAUAGGCCUUACUUGUUACCGUGGUGGCAGCAGCUCGUUUGGACUCUGGCUUUCGGUUCCAUGCUGGUCGUGGCUGUUGGAGGAAAUGCCAUUGUCAUGUGGAUUGUCAUUGCUCAUCGACGGAUGCGCACUGUCACCAACUAUUUCCUUGUCAACCUGAGCGCUGCCGAUCUACUGAUGUCGGUUCUCAAUUGCAUCUUCAAUUUCAUUUAUAUGUUACACAGCGACUGGCCUUUUGGAAGCGUGUACUGCACCAUCAGCAACUUUAUGGCAAAUGUCACUAUCGCUGCUAGUGUCUUCACCUUGAUGGCUAUAUCUUUCGAUAGGUACAUCGCCAUUGUGAGGCCUUUGAAACCCCGGAUGACCAAAAGUGAGGCCAGGAAUUUCAUCAUUUUUAUCUGGGCCUCGUCAAUGCUCCUGGCUCUCCCAUGUCUUCUGUACUCCACAACAGUCUCCAUUAGGUAUAAGAACAAUGAAAUCCGCAGAGGGUGCUUCUUGUUGUGGCCCGAUGGGAAAACAAGUAUAUCGUACAGGGAAUAUGUUUACAACAUCGUCUUCUUUGCGACGACCUACUUACUUCCGAUGUUGGUGAUGUUGAUAAGUUAUUCCUUAGUAAGUUGCGAACUCUGGGGCAGCCAUUCCAUCGGCGAACUCACGGAUAGACAAGCCAACUCCAUCAAGUCUAAGAGGAGGGUCGUCCGGAUGUUCAUCGUGAUUGUGGUGGUGUUCAUGUUGUGCUGGUUGCCGCAGCAAGCGUUCUUCCUCUACCAAUACCACAACAACCAGGUUUUGGACACAGCCAAUAUCCAGCAUAUCUAUUUGGGGUUCUAUUGGCUGGCCAUGGCAAAUGCCAUGGUCAAUCCCAUCAUUUACUACUGGAUGAAUGCCAGAUUCCGAUCCUAUUUCCGAGAGGUUGUGUUGCAAUGCAGACCCGGACGCUGUUGCUGUUGCUGCUGUUCACGCUCCAAUAGUUACCUAGACUCGCCUCACCUGACUCGCCGUAGGUGCGACAGCGCUGACCACACCUCCAGGAGCAGAUCAGACGUUAAUGGCGCCCCGAGAUGCAUUGUCAGCGCAGUUCCCAGACACAAUAAUCAUCUCCUCGUCUACUCUUCGAGAGGAAAAGUUAACAAUAGAGCAGGUGGUUUGAGUCCUCACAAUUGUAGUCAAACUGGGCUCUUACAGACUGACAACCUACGCAUGAAAGAGUUUAAUUGUUAUAAACCCAUAGAGGACAAAAACCACGCCCGUAAACCCCUCAGAGCUGAGGAAGACUGGCAUUACAUCCAGUACCUCUCGGACCAGAAGGCUCUUCGAGUGAGAAACGAACAGACGUUCAGCCGACCCGUUCACCGAACGAACGGGUACCAGAAGUCUCAGCAGGAGAGCCUUCUGGCGAAGAAGAAGGAAGUGCAGAACAACCUCACGGAAGAGACGAAUUUCGGGACAUUCCGCGCUGACAAGAGAGCCGAACCCAUCCACAAAGAGGACAGCUCCUCUAAGAGUCUUCCUAGUGAUAAACCUCUUGAGUCUGAUUUAUCAAAAGAAUUGACUCCUAGAAUUAAUGUUAUAACGACGUCUCAGCUUUGUAGUGGGGAUAGUAAAUGCAGUGCAAGUGUUUCUAAAAAAGAAUCUCCGAAAGAGCUGCGUGAUUCUUCGAAAGAAUCAAAGCUCGUUCGUGGAAACUGUGAUCAGCCUUCGACGUUAUCCAGUGAAAAACUAGACACGUGUAGCACUUUAGAAGGAAGUCGCAGUAGUAUUGCUACUGUCAGUGAUAACUGUGAAUCUUCAACCCUUAAAUCGCAGUGUAGCAGAAGUAACGAAAGAGUGGACGCGUUUUCAGACCAUUUUUUAUUCUCUAGUUACCGGGACAGCUACCGCAAAAUGAAAUACUUGAAUGGAAACUUGGUGCACCAGGCGAUAGAAGAGACUCUUGUGGCUGUUAAAAAACAAGCCCUCACUAGAGAGAUCGGCAGUGUCAGUACAACGAAUGUAGUGUGCAAGAGUCCCUCGGGACAGAGUCUAGGUGGUACAAAGGAACUUAUGCUUUGAAAAAAUCGGAUAUAAAAAAAAAAAAAAAGAUCUUUGUCAAAAAUGGA